GUAAAACAAACAUCAUUCUCCAAACUUGCACUCGUGUUAACAAUCCACCCCCCGCACGUCCUUAUGUAACAUCCCUGCGUCUGUUAUGAAGAUAUCGGGUCAAACCGCUUAAGAGUACCCAGCCUCUCCUCUCCUCUCCUCGCCUCCGCCCGGACGCGUCACUCGCGUCAUGGCGCAAUCUGCCCCCGGGAGGAGCGAGUGGGCGUGGGCACCAUCGGCUUUUCAGUCGACACAAAGAAAAACUGCCCUUCUUAGCGCUGCUGCUACUGGUUUCGGGUUUAAUCUAAAGCAGAGAGAGAGAGAUACACACACAGCACCUCGAUAUAUAUAUAUUUUUAAAAGGUGUUUGGUGGAAGUCCAGGAAUAAUGUCUGCUUUCGCGUACUCGGAUUAUUUAGCCGCGGAGUGCCUGGUGUCUAUAUCCAGCGGCGCUGUGGUGCAUACCCCCUCUCCCGUCACCAGCCACCGCCAACAGACAGAGCUCGAAAGUUCAAGCGAGGACAAAGAAGUUAGAGACACGCUGAAAGAAGGUGCCAGCAUGCUCGCCGUGGCCGGGAUCCUAACCGACCUCCACAGCAAGUUCCGACCCAUGUCUGCCUUGUCGGAGAGCAGUAACUCGUCUUUGGGGGACCCGGACACUUUCUCCUGCGGGGAGAGCGGGUACACCACGCUGUCUGAUUCCACGACCCCGACCCCGACCCCGACCCCUGGCCAGAGGGGAGACGGGCGAUCAGAUACGAGAUCGCCAAUGAAACGACACCAGUGCACCUUUGAAGGAUGUGACAAGGUUUACGGCAAAUCGUCUCACCUGAAAGCGCACAUCAGGACACACACAGGAGAACGUCCUUUCCCGUGCACCUGGCCGGCCUGUGCCAAGAAGUUUGCCCGUUCGGACGAGCUCGCCCGACACACGCGCACCCACACCGGGGAGAAGAAGUUCUCGUGCCCGCUGUGCGAGAAACGAUUCAUGCGGAGUGACCACCUGAUCAAGCACGCCCGCCGCCACCCCCACUUCCACCCCAGCAUGAUCCCCCGGGCCGGCAGCCGCAGCAUGUCCCCCACGGGGUCCCUGCCCAGCCCCACCGCCUUCCUAUAGGCAGGACCCAGCCCCCACACAUAGCAGACUGGAGCCCUUCAAGAACAUCACCCAUGAUCCACCUGGAAAACACAUUUUAAAAGAAGCAGCAGCGUGUUUGAACUGCAUUAUCCCCUUUCGAGCAACACUGUGUGUGUGGGGCGGAGUGUCUGGCAAACCCCCUGUAAAGUUUAUUAGUAAAACCCCUUUCUUAUCCCCGGUAUGUGGGACAUACAAGUGAGCUCUGGUAGCAGAAAUUGCCCUUGCAGAGCGCAUCCUCUUAGAUUAGCAGGGUAUGGUUGACCAGAGCUUAAGGUUUGUGUUGUCCGAUCUGGUUCAAACCGAGAUCUGCAAUUUUGAUGAUCUAAAACCGCUUGUAAAUAUGAAUGCAGGGCUCUCUCUUACCCUGGGGUUUCGGUGGGACUCCACAGUGUAGAAAUCCGGUGAAUAACAGAUGCAAAUUCACGAUCCGCCUCUGCGCUCCCAGUUUGGUUAAAAUGUUUUUCUGCAUGUGAGAAAGUAGUUUUAAAAUUUGAAAAAAAAAAAGGAAGUGGCGUUGUCUUGCAAUCUCGGGCGCUGUGCUGACUUUUGUUAAAUUUGUAGUCGAAUUAUUGGCACUGGCUUAUCCCCACUGUCUCGCUGGGAUAGACGUCACUGAGACUGGUAGAGUUCCACCCCUUUGGUCAAGCUAUUGGGUCAUUCCAGAUCAAAGGGUUGUGGGGGUGGGGAUGGCCCUGCAGUCUCUUCAACAGAAACUGAGCCUUGAGUGAGGCUGUGCAGUAAGCCUGAGUGAGGGGCCGGUCCAUUUGGAACCAAACAGAGGGGAAUGAACAGCUAUUCAAAUUUAAAUACGUGAACCUGUUCAGCCAACCGCCUUCUGACGAGAUUUGUUUUAAUUUUGUUAACAUUCUAGCAUUAGAACACAAGACCAACGUUUCUUUUUUUUUAGUGCUGCUAAUUGAGCAUCUAAGGCUGUGGAUAAACUUACAGCCACACGGUCAGAGUGCACUACCUAGUGGUCAGAGCUUGAACAGCAUCCCCCGCCUGCAGUCUGGGGAAUACAAAUGUUAAUACUGAAUACUAAAAAUAUGCAUGCUGGCCAGGGUACAACCGCCCCCCUGUACUGUAGACUGGACUGGCCCCACAUUCUGCCCAUGGUUUUGUUUGUACUGAAUCCGCUUAUCCAAGGCUCAGUUAGGCAGGUUAGAAGGGUUUGUGAUGUGCCUGUUUCGACAUUCCUCUCAUUUACGUAGAACCUCCAGUGUCUCAGGGUCUGAUGCUGAAUGCAGUAAGUUACAUAUAUAUAUGCACAUUUCCUCAAUGCAGAUUUCCAGGUAAGCUUAUAGCUUCUCCUGUUAUCGUAGUCCUUAUAUUAGGGUAAAGCGUAUUCCUUCUCUGUUUCUUAACUAAGUUACAAAUCUCUGCAAGGAUUUAGAAAUCGAAAAGCAGUUUCAGGUGUCAUAAAUUAUGAUGUGUGUGUUUUUUUUUUUUUGUUUUUUUUUUUAAACAAUACCUCAACUCAACAGCAAAAGUCUUAAAUAUUUUAUUUAAAAUAUUUGAGCGAUUUUUCUACAGAUAUAUAUCUCUAUUUAUCACAAUCAGCACAUUGACAAUAUUGCACAUUUUAUUUUUUUUUAACAAUGCUGCCAGUUUCACAUUACUGCACCACGGGGAAGCGGGAUUCUAGUUUCUAUCCCUGACGUUACUUUAAAUGCAUGGAUUUAUGCUACUGUUUUAUUUAUUUUGUAGUAUUGUUAUUAUUAUUACUAUUAUUAUUUUGUUUAGCGAAAACUGAUUAGCAGAAGGAGCCGUGUGAAAGAUAGACACUAAUGUCACUUUUAAAAAUAAAUGAAAAAAAGGAAAAACAAACCUGCCGGUAGCUUUUUAUUUUUAUUUUAUAUAUAUAUAUAUAUAUAUAUAUUAGAAACAACUUGAGUCCCAUUAAUCCAAUAUUGAAUACUGCCCUUGUUUUAUAAAAGCAUAACUUUUACUACUCCUUAUAAAAUGGCAAGACUAGAGGGAGCAAUCUGAUUCGCUAACAAGUGUUCCAACCUAUGCAAAUAUAUCGGUAUCCCGGCACCGCUCGGAACUUUCAGAACCAUUUAUUCCUGAUUCACUUGACAACCCAUUCAUUUUGCUGCGCGGUUUUAUUAAAUUGUUCCCAUUCCGAGCCUUAUUCCCAUUGUUGUGAUGGAUGCAGGUGGCUCUUUGAGUAUUCCGAGGUCACUCUCUUCCUGACAGUCACUGGGACCCCUCCUGCUUUUACUGAACAAAUAAAGAAUGUAAAAAACUACAGAAGGGAUUGUUUGAUGUUGUGUAAGCGCUGACCUGUUGUGUUAUUCUGGUUCCUGUUGUAAAUCCGGUUGCAAAUCUGUGUUAUUCUGGCUACACAUUUCAAUAGUGUGUGUGUUUUUUUUUUCUGCUUUUAAAUAGAUGUUUUCUGAAGCCAGAUUUCAAAACGGGAUUCUCAUUAUUGUAUUUAAUUAUUAUUAUUUUAAUUUCUGUGCAUCUCAUUGAAAACGCUUCACCGUCCCAGCUGUGUAAAGAUGGAAAAAAACAGCUGUGGGUGUUAUUCAGCCACGGCCUAUAAAACAGGUGUCAGUAUUCUCGGUUCAGGAUGAGAGUCAGUCAUUCUUCUGCUUUGGUUUCAUAUGAAUCAGUUUGGAGACAGUAAGAAUUUUGAUGUGCAUGUGUGUGUUUUUUGUUUAAUCUAUUAUUAUUAUUAUUUGUAGCUGUUUUCAUCAGCAGAUCUGUCUGUUUUGAGCUGCAGUGUCAUUUUUAUUUACACUUUCCACACCGUUGCAGAAUGCUGUUUGUUUGUUUGUUUAUUUAAGUAUUUCGUUUUCUUAAAUGUUCAGAUGACUGAAGCAAUGGUUCAGGUACUAAGUGCACGACACAGUCAUGUCAAAUUCAACUAUCAGAACAUUUUGAAAUCUGAGAGCAAGAAGUGUUGCACUUUAACUCUCUAUAUACCGGAGGCAUUUGGCAAACUGCUGGCAGUUGCCUUGAUUAUUAUAAAGUGUCGUGACUUCAGGAUAGGGGGGCUCCUAUUGUAUUGGUGAUUGAGAGAAUCAGUCCAGGAUUCAUGUCCAGUGAAUUGAGUGUUUAUUAAAAUUCACAAGAACAAAGGCCAUAUUUUCAAAGUGUUCACUCCUAUUUCUUUGAUUAGAAGAAAAUUCAACAGCAAUGUACAAAAACAAAAAACAAACGACUUGAGAUGCUUGAAGAGACCUCGGAUUAUUUGACUCGGAUGUCUGUUUAAAAAAAAAAAAAAAAAAGAA